AUGGCUGCAGCAUAUUCUGGCAAAGAAGUUGACAGUAUCGAAACUACGGUUGACGAGAACGUCGAACGCUUACUCGAGUUGCUCGAUACUCAGUACAUCGCCAAAGGGAGGCCAUUUGUCUUUGGAUAUAAAGCUCAGUAUUUUACCCUGGAUGUCAUUUCUGCGUUAACCUUUGGAGAGGCGUUUGGCGAUUUGGACACUGACUCCAAUAUGAAUGGUUACGUCACUGCGAUGGAAGAGAGUAUGCCGACGAUCAUAACUACCACCGUGAUUCCGUGGGUGAUCAAACUGCUGCAGCUUCCCAUCUUCAGGAGUAUGCUACCAUCAGACAAGGACAAAGCUGGUGUUGGUAGGGUUAUGGCGAUCGCAAAGAAGGUCGCGGCCGAACGCUUUGGCCCAAACCCCAAGGUUCAGAGAGACAUGAUUGGCUCGUUUGUCUCGAGGGGACUGCUUCAGCAUGAGGUUGAAUCUGAGAUAUUAAUGCAGAUUCUAGCAGGGGCUGCCACCGCUGCCACAGCCAUCCGAGCAACUCUGCUCUACAUAAUCUCGAACCCUCGGGUGGUUAACGCAAUGAGAACAGAGAUCGACCAGGCCAAACUGAGUCUUCCUGUUGUGGCCGUUGCCGAAGCACGCGCAAUGCCAUACCUCCAGGCCGUUAUUAAAGAAGGUCUUCGAAUCCACCCGCCAGUCGUCGGUCUCAUGAGCAAGGAAGUUCCUCAAGGUGGGGAUACCUUCAAGGGGAAAUAUUUACCCCGAGGUACCAAGAUUGGUUAUUGUGCCUGGGGAAUAUUCCGCCGAACUGAUAUUUGGGGUGAAGAUUCCGAUGAGUUUCAUCCUGAACGAUGGCUGGAUUGCUCUGAUGAUAAACUUCGUCUUAUGGAAGGGACUCUUGAGCUUGUGUUUGAAUAUGGACGGUGGCAAUGUCUUGGAAAGAAUAUCGCGCUGAUGGAGCUGAAUAAGGUUUUUGUUGAGCUGAUCCGCCGUUUUGAUCUUGCUGUUGUUGAUCCGAUCAAACCAUGGCAGUCCAUCAAUGUCGGCGUCUUCCUGCAAUCGGAAUACUGGAUCAAGGGAUAUAAAAGGGCAAAUCAUUGA